ACAGCUUUCUGCCUCGGACUUUGAACAUAGGACAAGAUGAGAAUCUCUCACCUGGUAGGCCUCCUGUCCGUCGUGUCCGGCACCCUAGCCGCGACCUUCAAGUCCUGCACCGCCGCGCAAAUCGUCACCCUCGAAGCGGCCAUCGAGCGGGCGACGAACAAGUCGUUCGCGGCGAUUGAGCAUCUGGAAGAUAACCCCAACGGAAGCGAUGUUCAGACGACGUGGUACGGCAAGUUUAGCACCGACCGCUAUAAUCGCGUGUUGACGGCUUUCAAGAAAUUCGCGCCUGAUUUGGCUACGACGUUUUCGUACGAUUGCUCGUGUACAAGUACCGUUGUAUACGCGACUAUUGGCGGCACGUACGGCGACGUCAGAAUCUGCAGUGUGUAUUUCAACGAGGCGAUGCUUCCGCCUGCGGGGCGGCAUCGGAAUCAGUGGGAUACCAUCAUCCAUGAGGCGACGCACUUUCGAGAUGUGUUGGGAACAACGGACUAUGGGUAUGAUGUCGACUACUGCAAGCAGUUUGCCCUUGAAGACCCCGAGAAGGCGGUUAAGAACGCAGACAAUCACGCCCGCUUUGCUGUUGAGGUGCCGCCUUGGGGUCCCUAAUUGCAUAUGUCCGAGUCACCGCCAGGCCUGUCUAUGUUCACUCUCACACACGCGCGACAUAUGACCCUCCCACUCGUCUCGAUACCCUCUAUAGCCAAUAAAUUUGGUUGGUAUUAUCACCGACUCGUGUUUAGUGUAGUGGGCAAUGCCGGGUCGCCACCGAAG